AGAGAGAAGCAAAGAAAGAAAAGAAAGAAGGAAAGAAAGAGAGAGAAAGUGGAGGUUGGGUUGGGUUGGGGGGCUGGGGAUGGGGAUAGGAGCCUUUGGAGAGGAAGGGGCUCUCUGGUUACUGGAGGUCUUCUGGUCUUAUUUAAUUUUUUGAGUAAAUAACAAAAGGAAAAUAAAAAGACUGGUUUUUGUUUGGGAGUUUGGGUCGUUAAUUGCGAGAGGUAGAGCCUCAGAGGGGCAUGGAAGGGCUGGCCAUGCUGAGGCAGCUCAUCGGUCAGCUUCAGGAGCUCGUUGAAGUCUACGGCUCUCACCCUCAUUACCAUCUUCAACAACAUCAUCAUCUUCAUCUUCAACCUUCUCUUCAGUUUCAGCUUCCUCUGCUCAAUCAUCACUCUCAACAGCAGCACCAACAGCACCAACACCCAAGGUGGUGCCCAAUUAACGUUGAUGAAGGUUCUCCAGAUGAUUACUACAGUUUUAUGAUGGCAGCUGGAAAAUCUGGAAGUUUGAAAAUGUUGGAACCUUGCAAGCCUCCUCCUACUAAGAGAUCUCGUAAGGAGAGAACCCGGGGUAAAUCAUCUGGAACCACCAAUACCACCGAGCCUAUGGAACAGCAUAUUUGGAAAGAUUUCCCGGAAGACCUUUAUGAAGCAGUCAUUGCAAGGCUUCCCAUUGCCACAUUUUUCCGAUUUCGUACUGUUUGCAGGAAAUGGAAUUCCUUGCUUGAUUCUGAAAGUUUCUCUCAACAUUGUGCAGAGGUCCCACAAGCUACUCCAUGGUUUUACACCAUCACUCAUGAAAAUGUGAAUUCCGGGGCCAUGUAUGACCCAUCCUUGAAGAAGUGGCACCAUCCCACCAUUUCUUCUCUGCCAACAAAGCUGAUUGUUUUGCCAGUGGCUUCAGCAGGGGGCCUGGUGUGUUUUCUUGAUAUUGGUAAUAGGAACUUCUAUGUGUGCAACCCUCUGAAUCAAUCUUUUAAAGAGUUGCCAGCCAGGUCAGUCAAGGUCUGGUCUCGUGUUGCUGUGGGGAUGACUCUGAAUGGGAGUUCAACUAGUGAGGGGUACAAGAUCCUAUGGGUGGGUUGUGAUGGCGAGUAUGAAGUCUAUGAUUCCGUGAGGAAUUCUUGGAUCCGUCCCGGAAUCAUGCCGUCGAGUGUUAAGCUGCCCCUGUCGCUGAAUUUUCGGUCGCAGGCUGUUUCAAUUGAUGACACACUCUACUUCAUGCGUUCAGACCCUGAAGGGAUUGUGUCAUAUGAUAUGGUCACUGGGAUUUGGAAGCAGUUUAUAAUUCCCACCCCGCUGCAUCUGACUGACCACACACUUGCUGAAUGUGGAGGCCGGAUCAUGCUAGUGGGGUUGUUGACAAAGAAUGCUGCCACGUGCGUGUGCAUUUGGGAGCUGCAGAAAAUGACACUGCUAUGGAAGGAGGUUGACAGAAUGCCAAAUAUAUGGUGCUUGGAGUUCUAUGGAAAGCACGUAAGGAUGACUUGCCUGGGUAACAAAGGCUUGCUCAUGUUGUCCUUGAGGUCAAGACAGAUGAACCGAUUGGUUACAUAUAAUGUGUCAAGCAGGGAAUGGCUGAAGGUCCCUGGUUGUGUGGUGCCACAUGGGAGGAAGCGGCAAUGGAUUGCAUGUGGCACUGCGUUUUAUCCAUGCCUGACUGCUGUGGCUUGAAACAGGUUUCUCUGUUUCUGGUGGGCUUCGGCAUUGUCAAGAAUGGGAGUUUUCCUUAACUAUCCGUUUCAUCACAGUUGGUUGCAAGCUUUCACGGCCAACUUGUUUCUAGCCAAUUUUCGUUAUUUGUUUUAAUGAACUAGACAAUUCCAUGGGUCUUAUGACAUCCAGAGUUUCCUCAUUUGUGUGCAAACUUGACAAAUUGCUUUGAAUCCUGAAGACAGGUUAGAAUGCCUAUUUAUCAGUCACCUGGAUGAGUGUAUUAUAUAUGUGUUUGUUGUUGGUUGAACUGAAAUAAACCAUCUCCUCUACUAUAUAAUGUUUGCACGUGUAUUCUUUUAGAAUAUGUUAUGUAUAUAUUUGUAACUGCUGUAUUAAACAAUGCCAGUUGAUGUUCUUGGGUAAACAAAUGCAAUAGAUGCUCGUCUCUGUGGUGAGUUUUGCA